AUGGACAAGGCAGACCUCGAGACAUACCAAGUCCAGCUCUCGCAAGUCGAGCAGGCCCUCUCCUCCGACCCUGAGAACACUGAACUUACCUCCCUCCGUGAUGAGCUGAAGGAGCUCAUCGAGCUCACGCAGGCAGCGCUCGCACAACAAGAGGCGGCGUCGUCGUCGAAGGCGGAGUCCUCACGGAAGGUAGCGGCAACCAGCACGGCGCGGACAUUGGGCGCAGGCGACGAAUGCCUCGCCAAGUACUCCGGCGACGGGCAGUGGUACCCCGCACGCAUCACGUCCCUGGGCGGGUCGGCCGACAACCGGGUGUACAGCGUGAUGUUCAAGGGGUACAACUCCACGGAGCUCGUCAACGCGUCGCAGCUGAAGCCGCUCCCGGCGAACCACCAGUCGGCGGGCCCGUCCGCGGGGAACAAGCGCAAGCUGUCGAAGAAGAAGAAGAAGAAGAACGAGAAGAAGCUGGAGUCAAAGGCGGCGAAGGCGAAGGAGCAGUCGGAGAAGCAGCAGAGCUGGCAGAAGUUCGCGAAGAAGAGCGAGAAGAAGGGGAUACACAUCGCGGGCGUGUCUGGGACGAGUAUCUUCAAGACGCCAGACAACCCGCUCGGAAGAGUCGGGGUCACUGGGAGUGGGAAGGGCAUGACGGAUGCUGUGCCGAAGAUAAAACACAAGUUCGAAGCCAAAGACGACCCGAAUGCUUGA